CCUGGUGAAACGGGAGGCGGUGGGACCGCCCCAGGAGCCGCCCUCGGGACUCCGAACUCGGAGCUGCCGCCGACGGCGCCUUAAAGGGGGGAGGGCGGCGGAGGCGGGCCGGGCGAGGAGCAGCGGCGGCGGCAGGAACUGAAUAUUGUGACCUAGUGAAGUAUGGAGUUACCGUAACUAUUACAGUUCUGUGCUUACUUGGUUUGAGAAUUCUACCCCUGGAAAACAAAAAAGAAGAAAAAAAGAAUCAAGAUCUGUGAUGGCUUCUGCAGAAUAUCAUUCCAAGAAAGUUGUUAAUGAAGAUACAGAUGACAGUAACGAUGAUAUGGACAGUGUGUGUAGUGACAGUGAGAAAAUGGGUUUCAUUGCAACAAAGGAAGAUGAAGACAGAGGGAGUACAAUUGACGUUGAUGAAGAGGAUAAGAUCAGUGACAAAGUGGAAGCAACUGUUUUGCGGACACUUAAAAAAGAGGUAGAUAGAGAAAAAGAAGUCAACAACAUAGAUUACAGUAGCAUUGAAGAAGUGAAACAGGAAGCAUCACAAACUGAAGACGAAGAUUUCAGAGUUGUCCAGGAUGAACAUGAUUCCCAAAGCCACGGAAUGAGAAAAUGUUGUGAAUUUCUGGAGAAGUUGAGGAUACACGUUUGGGAAUCCUUAUCAAAGGCUCAGUAUGUCAGUCUGUUAAAAGACUUUGUUGAGUCUGAAUUCUUUGUAAUAGAUGGGGAUUCCUUACUACUUAUGUUUAUAGAUAAGAAAACACAAUAUCUAAACUUCUUCUACCAGAUUGAAUGCUUUCUGCAUGAUUUCGCUGAAAAAGGAGCAAAAUACGUCAUUACUUUCUUCAAGGAUGCAGAGCAGAUGUUCUUUCAGUAUCCUCAUUUUCUUUUCUUACGUACUGCACUAAUAGAACACCUGAGGCAUAAUACAAGCAUAACUGUUCAUACAGAAUUUUCCAAUUGUUUAUCAUCCAAAUGGGAGAUUUUCCUGAAGCAAAGCUAUCCUUACUUCAUCAUUGUAUCUGACACAGGACUGAGCCCUCGCCAAAGAGACUUUUUAUCUAUUUUAAUUGCUCAUUCAUUGUCAAAGAAAAUCAAUGUUGUGCUUGCUUCAGGACAGGAGUAUGAUCUUCUUAGAGUUUAUGGAUAUCACGUUCAGAGUGUAUAUAAACACAGAUCAUUUUUUCAAAUGUAUAAACAAGAUCUGCGAUGUGCCUGUGAAAACCUAGUCAGGUACAAAGAACCAUUGAUCCAUCUAUAUGAACAUCUCAAGAUGAACCUGAAAAGCAUACAAAAAGAGGUUUGCCAGGCUAUCCAUUCAUUGAAACAACUGUGGCCUGAAGGAUCUGAUAUUCGCCGUGUGGUCUGUGUUCUUGCUUGUGCUGUGGGAUUAAAAAUAUACAGCAGCAUGCUGGGAAACGCAAAUACUCCUAUGGGAGCAAAUGGAAUGCAAUCAGCAAGACAGAGAAGAAGUAAACAUCUAUCUCCUGAAGAAGCAGCUGACCUGUGCAGAAUGCAAUGUCUCACAGUGACUUUUCUUCUUCAUAUGCCUCUUUCACAGAGAGCUCAGAUUAGGGACAUGAAAUGCUGCUGGACGAAGCAAGUUUUACCACUGUUAAAAAUGCAACAGUUGUGUAUGCAUUUUGCUCUGGUACAGCUAUGUGAUACAAAUGAUUGGAAAUUGGAUUUAACUUACCUGCCUGAUUUAUAUGAUGAUUCACUGCUCAUAAAUCUUACACAUUACUAUGAGGUCGAAUACACUAAAGGAUUAGAGUUCCAAAAGGAUUUGGGGAAAGAAAUGGAGAAUGACUACCAAUUUUUAUGGGACGCUGUAAAAAAAUUGGCAGUGAAAUACAGUUUUGGAGAUGCUUUCCCAAUACGAAAAACAUCCCAAGUAUUUCUUGAGCAGGAGCAGACAUUAUUUAGAGUCUGUGAAGAAGAAAUUCCUAACAUUGGACUAAUCCCAAUGAAAUCUGAUCUUGUUCAAGAUUAUGCUGGAGAUGUUUUGAAAGACCUACCUGUUUUAAAAAGUAAUGACCCUGCAAUUACUUCACUUAUUAAAUACAAGGAAUUCGAUGAACGUCAUCACUGGCAUUCUGAUAGACCUUUGACUGAGGAAUAUGAGCGAGUGCGAUGCAGUGCUGAUGCAAAAUCCAAAAGUCCAAAAGAAAGAAGAGAAAUACAGAAGUUACAGACUUUUCGUCACUUUUAUGGAAGCACUCUGGAAGACAGCCCUUCAAAACAUAUUGUAUAUCAAGAGCAUGUGUCAGAGAAUGCUAAUUCUGCUGUCAAAAAGGCACAAAAGAAGCACAAAAGUAAAGCGGAAAUAAUUACAGAGGAAAACAGCAGGCGACUAAGAGCUAAGGAAGAAAAUAAAGAACAGAAGCAAUGGCAAGCCUUAUAUAUGACAACUGUAAAGGAAAUAAAAGAAAACCAGACUGUUGGAAUAAAUAAAUUGGAGAAGUUUCUCAAGACCUUUAAAAGUAAAUCUGUGAAGUUCAGCAUAGAAAUGACAGCACUGUCUACCUGUUUACAAGUGUGGAAGAAACACUGCAAAGAGCAAGGAAACAAAUCUAAAGAUUUAAGCAAAGCUGUUCAAGUCAUGAGGAGAAUUCAUAUCCUUCUUGAAAAAUAUCAAGAUCUCUUGGAGGAACCACAUCUACAAAAGCUGACCAAAUAUCUAAAACUCCUUGGAUUUGAGAAUUUGGCAUGCUCCCUGUCUGGCCAGACGGAAGAAAGCAGUAAUCGGAAUACAAGCAAAUAUGCUAUUGAAGUGGGUUCAGCUCGAUUUCAGCUACAAUACAUGGAUUAUUACUUGCUCAGAGAAGAGAGAAAUGAUCCAGAUCCCCGAGUGCAACAUUUCAUACCAGACACAUGGCAGCGAGAACUUCUUGAUGCUGUAGAUAAUAACGAAUCCGCGGUGAUUGUUGCUCCCACUUCCUCAGGAAAAACAUAUGCAUCAUACUAUUGCAUGGAAAAAGUUCUGAAAACAAGCAACGACGGAGUAGUUGUGUAUGUUGCUCCUACAAAGGCCCUUGUAAACCAAGUGGUAGGAACUGUAUACAGUCGAUUCACCAAGAAACUUCCAGAUGGAUUGGCAGUGUGUGGAGUCUUUACCCGAGAUUAUCGCCAUGAUGUCAUGAAUUCUCAGAUACUAGUGACAGUGCCUCAAUGCUUAGAAAUCUUGAUGCUGUCUCCUCGUUGCCAGAAAUGGACCCAACGAAUACAGUAUGUUAUAUUUGAUGAGGUACAUUGUCUUGGCGGUGAAAUUGGAGCAGAGAUUUGGGAACAUCUUCUGAUAACAAUUAGAUGUCCAUUUUUGGCACUCUCUGCUACUGUCAGUAACCCGGAACACCUAACUGAGUGGUUACAAUCUGUGAAAAGGUAUUGGCAAUGUGCUGAGAAUAAAAUAGAAGGAAGCUCUACAAACUCUGAAAAGAACUUUACAAGACAAUGUAAAGUGAAAUCUAAAGUACGAGAACAAAAGAAAUCAUAUCGUGUUAGACUAGUCUUGUAUGAAGAAAGAUACAAUGAUUUGGAAAAGUAUGUGUGUUCUCUAAACGGUAGCGAUUUUACCAUUGAACACUGUCAUCCAUGUGCUGCAUUAACAGUCAAUCAUAUUGAGAACUAUGGUAUUCCUUCAGAUCUUUCUCUGUCUCCACGAGAGAGCAUCCAGCUUUAUGACACAAUGGCAAAAGUCUGGCAAGACUGGCCAAGGGCACAGGAGCUAGAUCCUGAGGAGUUUGUCUCUUUCAAGAAUAAAGUAGUAAUAAAAAAGGCAGAUGCAAGGAAAUAUGAACAGGAACUGAAGAAAGAACUAAGCGAAUGGAUUGUGCUUGGCCAAAGGCAGAAGGUGAAUGAACUACUGGAGCACCUUAAGCCAAAAUCUGUGGAUUGCUCAGAACAGCAGAAGUGGAAACAUUUUGCAAACUUUGUUGAUAAAUUACAUGAGAUGGAUAAGUUGCCUGCCAUAUUUUUUAUAUUUAACAUCCAUUCAGUCGAAUGGGCAGCCAUGACUGUAUUCUCCAAAUUGCUGGAAAAACAAAAAAGUAUACAAGGUCCAGAUCCUGAGAGGGAAAAAGAGCAUUUAAGGGAAAAACUAAGAAAAGUGAACAAAAUGCUAGCAAAAUUGCCUGAGGAUACCAAAAAGUUGAGCCCUCAAAAAAUGAAAAGCAUGGAACUUCUUUCAACUAAAAAAAGCAACCUAGAAAUAAGGCUUAAAACCCUAACUGCUAUCCCUUCUGUGUGUACUUAUGCUGACCAUAAAGCAGUGGAUGAAGAUACUUUGAGGAAGAUUUUUCAUCGUCUUAGGUUUGAGAGAAGAGGUUAUCUGCAGCAAAUGAUGGCACUGAGGGGAAUUGGGUAUCAUCAUGCAUCUAUGUCCGCUAAGCAAAGACAAGUAGUGGAGAUACUUUUCAGGCUGGGAUACGUGAAGGUAGUCACAGCUACUUCAUCUCUUGCUCUAGGAAUCAACAUGCCAUGUAAAUCUGUUGUCUUUGCUGAAGAUUCUGUCUUUUUAGAUGCCUUAAAUUACAGACAGAUGUCAGGGCGUGCUGGAAGACGGGGACAAGAUAUGAUUGGAAAUGUGUUCUUCUAUGACAUCCCACUGCCCAAAGUUGAAAGACUUAUCAAAUCCAAUGUACCUCAGUUGAAAGGCCAAUUUCCUCUGACUAUUUCCUUAAUAUUGAGACUCAUGCUGUUGGCUGCAAAGGCUGAUGACAAAGCAGAUGCUAGAGCAAAGGCUUUGUCAGUGUUGAAGCAUUCACUGAUGUCAUUCAGAAAAGAAAGAUAUGCUGAAAUAUUGAAAAUUUAUUUUGUGUUUUCCUUGCAAUUUCUUAUCAAAGAGGGCUACUUGGAUCAAGAAUGUAACCCCAUAGGAUUUGCUGGACUUGUGACACACUUGUACUAUCAUGAACCUUCAAAUUUCGUUCUAGUGAGCUUUCUUGUGAAAGGUUUAUUGCACAAAUUGUGCCAACCAAUUAAAGACUCAACUGUUUUCUCAGAAGAUGUCAUGGAAAAGCUAGUUCUCAUUCUAGCAAACUUAUUUGGGAGAAUGUAUCUUCCAGCCUGCUCGAUGAAAUACAAACGCCAAUUUUCCCAGUCAAAGGUCUUCCUAGAAGAUCUACCAGAAGACUUUGCAGAUGCUUUAAAUGAAUACAACACCAAAGUACAGGAAAAUUUUGCUCAUUUUCUUCUGACAACUGCCAAGCUGGCUGAUAUGGAACAAGAAUACAAACUUCCACUGUCAAAGACAGACUUUACAUCUCAGAAUUGGCAUGGCUCUGAACUAGCAUCUUAUUUGAUGGACAACACCAAAAGCAUAUCUGCCAUCUCACCUUUUGCAUGUUUAUCUGGAGUGGUUGAUAAUGAUCUAUUUCAUGGGAACAUCAUUAAUAAAGCUGUCUUACGUUCUCUUGGAGUUAAUGUCACAAACUGCCCCCUGCUUUAUUUGAACAAGUAUGAUAAUCAGGGAAGGAGGAGGCCACUCAAUGCAUAUGCACUGGACUUUUAUAAGCACGGUUCCUUGACUGCAUUGACAACUGAUAACUGGUUAAAUGAAGGAGAUGCUUACUACGCCCUCAAAGAUUUUUCACUCCUCAUUAAGUCUGUUGGGUAUGAUAAACUUGUGCUUUUUAGAAUACAAUAUAUAUUUCAUUUUAAAAGCAACUUAAAAUGGAACAAUGAUCUUUUUUUUUUUUUCCCCCAGAACAAGUUUGAGUGAACUAUGUGAUGAUCCAAAUGAUAAUGUUCUACUGGCAUUUAAACAACUGGGCGAAAAAUAUGAAGAGAAACUGAAGCGUAUUACUUAAAAAAAAAAACAAACCCAAAGCAGCAGAUAUUCUUACCACACAGGUAGCAGCCUUUAGGUUAGAAAAUUACUAGAUCUGAGUUACCAAGUAAAAUUUCAGAAUAAAGCUUUAGUUAAUAAUCAGUAAAGUUUACUUCAGGAAGUUAACCUUUACCAAUUGACAUUUUAGCAGCUCCAAUGUCAACUAAAUAAUAUUUUUAAUAAAUUACAAAACUAAGUAAUUGUACAUUUUCUUUCAGUUGCACUUUUUUUCAGGCAGUGGCAUAUAUGUUAAGAUAGCUCUCAGGUAUGUACUGAACAAAUGUCACAGUUCUGACAGCUGGUGAGAUUAGCCUCUCGGACAGUAUUAGAAACUUUCAGCUCCUUUGGGAAGGAUGUUCAGCAAUUAUAAAAGAAAUUGUUCUGUUUUCCAAGGUUUCUAUUAAAUCAUGAAUAAUACUAUCUUCAUGAACCGUUAUAAAAGCUUUUAAACUGGGCUGCAGGUUUAGUUUACAAAAUUUUAAACAGAUCGAGGUUUUUAUACGAGAACACGGAAGUUUGAUUAAUAAAAAGUUCCAACCAUAUUGCUUCAUUUUUCACCUCUUUAAGAGUCAGAAAGAUCCAGGACACUUAUGGCAUA